UCCGAAUCCGCCAACCCGUACCCGACAACGUUCGUGCAGGCCGACACCUCCUCGUUCAAACAAGUGGUCCAAAUGCUAACCGGAUCCACUGAAACCGCCAAACAAGCCUCUUCCUCCGUGCCCAAACCUGGGUCCGAACCUGCGAAACCCCACUCCCACUCCCACUCCCACUCCCACUCCCACUCCAUUCCACCCAUCAAGAAACAAUCCGGGUUCAAACUCUACGAGCGUAGGAACACGCUGAAGAAUCUGAACAUCAACCCUCUGCUCCCUGUCUUCAACAACAACAUCAACAACAACAACGUUUUCUCGCCCAGGAAACCCGAAGUGCUGUCUCCCAGCAUCCUCGAUUUUCCCGCGCUCGUUCUCAGCCCUGUCACGCCUCUCAUACCCGACCCGUUUGACCGAUCCCGCUCCAACAACGCCGCUGCACCCUCUUUCAACACCGAAGCUGAAGAGAAAGCCAUCAAAGAAAAGGGUUUCUUUUUGCACCCCUCACCCCGCGCCACCACACCUAGGGACGCUGAGCCUCGCUUGUUGCCUCUCUUCCCCACCGCGUCCCCAGGUUCUUCUUCUUCCUCUUAAGAUAUAUUAAUUAAUUAAUUAAUUUCUUUUUCCUUCCCCUUCCCCUUUUCCUUCCCCUUCCCCUUCCCCUUUACAUUUUCUGUAAGAUUCUUCUAUAUAUAUUUAUGGCAUUCAUCAGAGAGAGAUAAACUUGUAAUGGCUUAUGCAGAGAAUGGAACAAGAAUCUUGCUUCAAUUGUAUCUAAAUUUUUUGCCUUUUCUUU